CGUCGGGGAUGUGCAUCUGCGGAAAUAUCGCGGAAGACAAUGCCAGAUUUAUUCUUCUUGCUUUUGUUCUUGCCGUUUAUAUGCUCGCUGGAGCUGCCUUGUUCCAAACAUUAGAAGCUGACCUUGAAAUUCGUCAGGCUUCUGAAUUCUGGAGGAUAUAUAAUGCCUUUAAAAGAUAUCACUUGAGGAAUAGCCCUCAUGCAAUUCAACGUUUACAUGAGUUGCUUUACGCUUAUGGAAAUGCGUCGUCAAUUGGUAUCAUCAAUAAAAGACGUCGUUGGGAUUUUCCUGGUAGUUUUCAUUUUGUUGGAACCAUUGUUUCUACAAUAGGUUAUGGAAGUACGGCUCCUCAAACAACUGCUGGAAGAGCUGCAGUAGUUCUUUAUGGAUUUUUUGGAUGUUCAGGUGGAAUUUUAUUCUUUAAUUUGUUCUUGGAGAGAAUUAUAACAUUUUUGGCAUGGAUUUUGCGAAGUCUUCAUUUGCGUCGUUUGAGAAAUCGUUUACGACAAACGACACUUGCCUCGCGAAGAAGCAUGAGAGGUGGAUCAACAAGAGAUGGAAAUAAAAGUUCUCUACCUGAUAUUCUUGAUGAUGAGGAGGACGUUGGUCUUGAACAUUGGAAACCAAGUGUUUAUUGGGUGAUGCUCUAUCUUUCAUUGGCUUCAUGUGUGAUUGCUUGUAGUGCCGCUGCUCUUUAUGCUCCACUCGAAGGCUGGAGUUACUUUGAUGCCAUUUACUUCUGCUUCGUCAGUUUUGCAACAAUUGGCUUUGGGGAUUUUGUCAGCACUCAACAGACCACUUAUCCAUAUCUUCACUUGUACAGAAUCGCCAAUUUCCUCUUCCUAGUAUUAGGUUGCUGUUGUAUUUAUUCUCUAUUAAAUGUGACGUCAAUUGUCAUUAAACAAGGACUCAAUUUAAUAAUACAAAAAUUUCGUUGCGGACCACGAGGAAUGGCUGCUCCACAUUUACCAAGAAGAAAAUCAUCAAUCGCAGCAAUUUACUAUCCAAAGAGAAGAUCAACAAAAAUUGUUGCACGUGAUUCAAUAAGAGUUGAUGAUGAAUCUGAUAAUUCACGACGUAUGUCAGGUGAAUUAAUUUCAAUGAAAGACUUUCUUUCGGCAAAUAAAGUGUCACUUGCUAUUAUGCAAAAACAACUUUAUGAAACAGCUCAAAUGAGUAGAGCCGAUAAUAUUCCCAUUGCACCGACACAUCAAACAAUAUUUAAACCAGGAGCCGUUGGUCCUCUCGCAAUUGCCAGUGAAAAAUUCGAUCAUUCCACUGGUCGAUAGCUUUUUUUUUUUGUUGAAUUGUGCGGAAAAAAAAUGUCUAGAAAAAAAAGCAAAAUAUAGAACAAUUUAAAAAAAGCGUAGAAAUAUAUUACAAAAAUUUUUUUUUUAAAUUUACCUCAAAAUUAUGUUCCAGAAAAUAAAUUUUGGAUUAUAUUCAUGCGCCUUUGAAAAAAAAAAAUGCCUGUAAUAUUCAAUAGAUGUAAAUUUAAUGGCCAGGAAAAAAAAUUAUAGCUUGCCAAUAUUUUUUUAAAAGAACUCUCUCGUCAAAAAAAAAGACGAAUUUCUAGAAAUAAGAUUUUGCUGUAGCUAAUUUUGUAAAAAUUAGUGUCAUCAAAUUUUCUUCAUACAGAAAAAGAAAGUAAAUAUUAUUUUCAAAAAUCAAAAAAAAAAAUGGGAAAUUGUAUAAUCAAAGAAUAAUUUCACUAUACACAUCGUAAAGUAAUUUUAUUCCAUGCGAUUGUUACAAUAUUUUUUUUUUUUUUUCGUCCGUUUGCCCUCGGCACGGAAUAGCAAAAAACAUUUUUCUUGCACAUGAGAGAGAUAAUGUAACGGAUAUUGUAAUUACUACGUGUAAAAUAAAAUAUCCUUAUUUCGGCAAAAAUUCGCACACAAAUGUUUAUUAGAACAUUACUUUCUCUUUUAAAAUUGACCCAUUUAUUGAUUUUUCGACUUUUUCUUUUAUUUUUCGAACCGAUUCUAUUGAAAUCCACUUUCUACUAUUUUUUUUUUUUAACUUCCAAAUGGACAGAAGUAUUGCUACAAACUGACAUCGAAAUGUAGGCAGGAAUUCACAAUUUUUUAAGCUGAAAUCUAACAAACCAUUUUUUCUUUUUCUUUUUGAGCGUCGAAUUCAUUUAUUUUGAAAUCACAGAGAAAAAAAUGACGCUGCUCAAAAAUUCUAUUUUGUGAAAUAAUUUCACGUGGACUCUUCUAUUCGUUAAUUUUUUUUUUUUUCACAAAUUCAAGAAUCCGUGCACAUCUUUGAGAGAGAUUUAUAUUUAUAUUUAUUAUAUGUAUAGAAAGAGAGUAAGAGAGAGCUCCACUUUCGACAAAAAAUUUGCACUACUCACCGGAUCGACUUUUUUUUUUGUGGACUUUUUCUUUUAACCGAUCAAGAUGAUGAAAUAGACACGACGACACCCGAAAAAAUAAUUCCAGGGUGAGCGACAACGUUUCGCGUCGACGCCAACAAACUGCGUACCACAAAUACCCACGGGACGGAAACUUUUUUUUUUUGAUUUCUCCGUCUCGAUUUUAAUUUGGUAUUUAAACGGCAGCAGUGAAAAGCACAGCCGUUAUUUUUUUUUUUGUAUUUAGUGCUGUGCACAAAGCCAAGAGAUUCAUAUCUCGAGAAAUUUUUGUUUGUUUGUUUGUUUUUUUUU